UCUCCCUUAUCUCUUUCUUGUCGUUGCUUUCCCCGCCUCCCUCCCCACCUCGCUGAUCCCCAUCGAUCUCCCUUCUUCCUCGCUGAUCCCCAUCGAUCCCCACCUACCUUGCUGAUCCCCACCGCCCAUAAUGCUUCCUCUCCCUCUCUCAUCGAUCUUCUAUGCUUCAUGUCAGUAGCCGUCCAACAGAUCUGGGCCGAGAGGUGCGGCGUAGGCGGCGGUCUUCAUGGCUGGAGGAGUUGAGGGAGAGGUGAGGAGGAAGGUUCCGACUCUGUUGAAGGAGGCAAAGGCGGCAAUACAGCAAAUUGAGUUGUUGCUAGGCGAGACACCCAAGUUGGACAGAGGAGAUGCUCAAUGAUUCGGCAAGCGACAGCGGGAAUUCGAAGACAUAGAGGGGGAAGAAGAGGAGGAGGUCCCUGGCGAGGGCUAUGUUGGAGACUGGCUGGAUGCCCUCGGAUGCCUAUGUCGGCGUCCGUGUAGAAGAUGCCUCACCCAUGCCGCUCAAUUUCAUUCAGCGUGGCGUGCAUGUCCUUGGUGGCUGCCCAAGUACAGGAACAGGAUGCAUGUACGGGAACAAGCUCAGCUGUUGCCCAAGUAAUAGCGUGCAUGUCCUUAGUACAGGGAGCUUUCCCAUAUUGGCCGGAAAAGAGGUGUCAACCGAGGAUGCUGAGACCCAGGACGACAAAGAGGUGCUGCCCAAGGACGCCGAGACCGACGGCGCCGGAGAGUUGCUACUCAAGGAUGCUAAGAUUGAUGGCGUCGGAGAGUUGCUACCCGAGGGCUCCGAGACCGACGAUGGAGACGUGUUGCCUGAGGACGCCGAGACCCACGACGACGUAGAGGUGUUGCUCGAGGACGCCAAGACCGGCGAUGUCGUAGACGUGGUGCCCGAGGAUGCCCAGAGUGACGACGGCGUAGAAGUGUUGCCCGAGGACGCCAAGACCGACGAUAGUGAAGAGGUUCCGCUUGAGGAUGCCGAGGCCGAUGUAUUAUUUGUGCCUGACUCCAUGCCCGCUCAUGGAGGUGACUCGCUCGGCGAAUGAAUGAUGGAGGUAAGGGGUAGUAUGAUGAGGUUAUUAAUUCCUGGUUAUCUGAUGUGAGUGUGUUCACCUCAAAUUCGGUUGCAUGCAUGGACAUGGUGAUAUGAUGUGAUGAGUAUUUUGUUUGAAAAGUUAGUGUUGUGUAGUUUCUCAAGUGAAUGUAGAU